AUGGAAAUGAUGUCUGUGAAAGUAGCCGCAGCUCUGCUCGUGCUGCGGCUCGGCGCUUUCCUUGGCCCUGCAAGCUGUGGCAAGGUGCUGGUGUGGCCCAUGGAGUACAGCCACUGGAUGAACUUGAGGGUCAUCCUACUUGAGCUCCUCCGGAAGGGCCACGAGGUGACUGUCCUUAGGAGUUCAUCUUCCAGUUUUUUCAGCACCGACAAGACACCGGGUGUUAAAUUUGAGACUUACCCCUCGUCCAUAGGCAAAGGUGAAGCCGAGGAACUUUUUGUGGAAUCCCUUAGAAAAUGCAUUUAUGAGCUGCCGAAACAACCGUUUUGGAGAUACUUUUCAGUGCUUCAAGAAAUAAUGUGGGAAGAUUCCAGGUAUUUUGAGAUUCUCUGCAGAGAUGCCGCUUCUAACCAGGAACUUCUACAAAAGCUACAAGAAUCCAGGUUUGACGUCGUCCUGGCGGAUGUGUUCAGUCCCUGUGGAGACCUGCUGGCUGAGGUGCUCCAGGUGCCCCUCGUGUACAGCCAUCGCUGCUUUGCCGGCUACACCUACGAGAAGUUCAGUGGGGGGCUCUCACUCCCUCCUUCCUAUGUGCCCAUUCUCCCCGCAGAGUUAACCGAUCACAUGACAUUCAUGGAGAGGGUGAAGAAUAUGAUGUAUGCGCUUUAUUUCGAUUUCUGGUUCCAGACGUUUAAUGAGAAGAGGUGGAAUCAGAUCUACAGUGAAGUUUUAGGAAGACCCACUACAUUAAUUGAGACAAUGGCAAAAGCAGACAUAUGGCUGGUUCGGACCUAUUGGGAUUUGGAAUUUCCUUACCCUGCCUUACCAAAUUUUGAGUUCAUUGGAGGACUACACUGCAAACCUGCUGAGCCUCUGCCUAAAGAAAUGGAAGACUUUGUCCAGAGCUCUGGUGAAGAUGGCAUUGUGGUUUUUACUCUGGGGUCAAUGGUCAGUAACAUGACAGAGGAAAGGGCCAAUGUGAUUGCCUCUGCCCUGGCUCAGGUUCCCCAGAAGGUUGUGUGGAGAUUUGAUGGCAAGAAACCAGACACCUUAGGCUCCAAUACUCGGCUCUACAAGUGGAUCCCCCAGAACGACCUUCUUGGUCAUCCAAAGACCAAAGCAUUUGUAACUCACGGUGGAACCAAUGGCAUCUAUGAGGCAAUCUACCAUGGUGUCCCGAUGGUGGGCAUCCCCUUGUUUGGGGAUCAGCCUGAUAACAUUGUUCGCAUGAAAGCCAAGGGAGCAGCUGAGCGGGUAGACUUCCACACGAUGUCCAGCAUGGAUCUGCUCAAGGCGCUGAGGACAGUCAUCGAGAACCCCUCCUACAAGGAGAACGCCAUGAGGUUAUCCAGAAUCCACCACGACCAGCCGGUGAAGCCCCUGGACCGCGCCGUCUUCUGGAUCGAGUUUGUCAUGCGCCACAAGGGGGCCAAGCACCUCCGCCCAGCCCUGCAUGACCUCUCCUGGUUCCAGUACCACUCGCUGGAUGUGCUCGGCUUCCUGCUGGCCUGUGUGCUGUCUGUGGUAUUUGUCAUCACUAAGUGUUGUCUGCUCUGUUGUGGGAAGUUUGUGAAAGCUGGAAAGAAGGAGAAAAGGGCGUAGUUGUAUCUGGCUCUGAAGUUGGGAGGCCUGAAAAGAUGAACCUCUGCCAAUACGAGCCAGCAAGAGAGGCUGUGCCAGUGCGUCCCCUCCUCCCGGGAAAAGAAAGCUUUUCAUGCCUUACCUAAUCAAGUGUGCUUUCCAGAAACUUAGCAUUUGUCUAUGCAUUAGAAAUAACUUUCAAGGUCUGGAGAUAUAUCUCAGUGGUUAAGGUACUUGGUUGCAAAGCCUAGCAGCCUAGGUUUGAUUCCCCAAGACUCAAAUGAAACCAGAUGUACAA